AUGAAGUUUUUAAAUAAACCCACACUCUGCAUUCCGACGGAUAGCAGGAAUAACAGUAUAUAUUUACCGCCUGUUCCCUCUCCCACCCAAAAGGCUUUACCAAAAUCAACGACCUUAGGUCCUGCUUAUCUUCCGGAGAUAAAUAAAAUGCCAGUUAUACACGAGCACGUCGAACUACUACUUAAACGAGAUAUAGUAAAUGACCUGAACCCAAACGAAGACGAGAGGAACACACUGAUAAUUAUCGGAGUUUACAUUAUAGUAAUUUUGAUUUUUUGGAAUGUCCCCAAAAUAAAUGUGAUUCUUUAUCCCCUCAAGUUAUUAACUGUUGCGCUCCACGAGUUUUCGCACGCUGCAGUGGGUUGUUGUACGGGAGCCAAAAUUGAAGGGAUUGAGGUUGAUCCAAAUGAAGGGGGAGUCACAAGAAUGCAAGGCGGAAUUCAAUGUUGCACGUUGCCAGCUGGGUAUCUUGGAUCGUCAUUAAUAGGGGCUAUACUCAUAUUUUGUGGAUUCCAAGUGAACGCUUCAAAAUAUGCGUCAAUUGUGCUUGGCAUAUUAUUAAUUAUUGUUUUGUGGUGGGCAAGAAAUUGGUUGACCAGAAUUAUCACGGUCGUUUCCGUGGGCGUCAUCGUGGCUCUAUGGUUUAUCAAAGAUGGGGCUGGAUUGCGAUAUCGUGAUGUCAUGUCUCUAUUCGGUGUGGGAUAUAUUGGAUGA